AUGCAGUUCUCUGAUGCCCUCUCUCACAGGUGGAAGUAUAGGAGGUCCCUCUGCAGUGACCAGUGGACGUUCCAUGUCAUGUUACCUGCUGUUGAGAUCCAAGCUGAUCCAGGGAGUCUGGAUGAUUUCUAUUGCCAGAUGAUGUGCAAGAUCUGCUCGUACAACUCCCUCCAUGGCUUCUUAAUGUAUGCUCUUGGGCAUGGCGAACUGUGAAUGGACUGGGACAGCACUUCUAAACUUUCCCAGUAUGGCUGGAGGUGCACUACCAGUGAAAAUGAUUAGCCAGCAAAAACCCUUAUGGGCAACUGGACUGAAGAGCGAUACAAUAUCCAAAGAAUUGUGCAGCCCAAGACGCUUCCUUUCCAGGAUACUCACUGCUUUGAAGAAACAUACUCUUCAGAUUACAAUAAGGGAAAGCAUCAGAGAGAAAAGGUUUUUGUGUUUAUUCUUUUUGUAUUUGAACAAGAGCAUCAUCAGUUUCUGGGCCACCACCCUCAGGUGGAACCUCCUUCAUUCAACCCAACUGCUCAGUCCUGGUACACGAUAGACUACAGGCCUCUGUAUGGCAACAUUUUCUUUGCUUGUGCCCGACACUCAAAGAAGGAACAAGAAGAAUGCAGGAGAAGCAACAGAGAUGGAGAGAAUCUCCAGACUGUGUCUUCAGAAAAACGGGAGGCCUGUCUGCCAGCUGUGCUGCAAGGAUAUCCUUCAAGCAAGAAGACCGGUCACAUUAAAGCCAAAUGUAGCAUCAUGUGA